AUGUGCAAUCUUUCAGGCAACACCCUUUUCCUUUUUCUUUCUACCUUCAUUUUGUUUCUAGUUUGCAAAUUAGUGAACACUUUACUUACUUUUUCCUUGAUUACAGAUUGUUAUGACCCUCUGGAUCCCAAUGGAAAUAUUGCAGUUACAUAUGACAUUGUUAAAUGGACAGAUGAUGGUUAUCAGGCAAGGAUAACCAUUCAAAAUUACUAUCAGUAUAGACAUAUCGAGAAACCAGGCUGGCAAUUAGGGUGGACAUGGGCUGGUAAUGAGGUUAUUUGGUCAAUGUCUGGUGCUUUUGCCACCAAACAAGGGAAUUGUUCAACCUUCAAGUCUGAAAUUCCACAUUGUUGCAAGAAAGAUCCUAUUAUUGUUGAUCUCGCCCCAGAAGCUCCACCAGAAAAAAGAUCAGAUGGUUGCUGUCACGGUGGAUUUCUUGCUGCCUCGGCUAUUAAUCCUUCCAAUUCUUUCGUAUCCUUUGAGAUGAAAGUUGGAAACUUGAGGGGCAAUUAUACAGCUCACAAGCCUUUAAAUCUCACACUAAUGGCUCCAGGACUUGGUUAUACUUGUGAUGACUUUGUGGACACUGAUCCAACGAUAUCUUCGGUUAUAGAAGGCAAAAGACAAGAACAAGUUAUCAGGACAUGGAAAUCAACAUGUACAUACUCAACUUUCUUGGCCAACAGAUCGCCAACCUGUUGUGUUUCUCUUUCAACAUUUUACAAUCCUGAGGUUACACCAUGCCGUUUGUGUAGCUGUGGAUGUAAAUUAGCUGACAAUGAAGCAAAAUCAUGCAUUAGGUCUGAAAUACUACAAAGUUCAUCGUCUGAGCGCGAGCUAGUUCAGUGCACUGAUCAUAUGUGUCCACUUCGAGUUCACUGGCACAUUAAGAAGAACUACAGGAAUUAUUGGAGGGUGAAACUGACCAUUUCCAAUUACAACUUAGGUAAAAACUAUUCCAACUGGAAUGUGGUAGUCCAACAUCCUGGUUUUAGCCAGCAAUCAACUGUCUUCAGCUUCAACAAUACAGUGCUCCCAACUGUUGGUGUCCCAGAUGAAGUUGCACUCUUCUGGGGUUUAGAUUUCUACAACGAUGCGUUGUUGCAAGCUGAAGAAAAGCAAGUAGGAUCUGUGAUGACAGAGAUACUUUUACUUAAGGACAUGAACUCAUUUACACUUAGUAAUGGAUGGGCUUUUCCAAGAAGAGUAUAUUUCAAUGGUGAGAACUGUGAAAUGCCCCUUCCAGAUACUUUCCCUAUGCUUCCAAAUGGUUGCUCAAAGAAAAAUCCUUAUAGAAGCCAUCUUUCUCUUCUAGUCUUGCUUUAUUUGACUUACAAAACACUUUAA